GAGUAGCUGACACUAUUUUACUUCACACCACUACCACCACCACCGUGUUCAAGACAGUUUACAGGUGUUUUAAAAAACAUAUAACACCGCAUUCAUGUCUCGCUUUAAGAGAGGAGCCCACGUGGACUCCAGAGCAGGAUUCAGACAGGAGAAAGAGGACUGUCCUGUGCCAUAUGGAUUGUUAAAAGCUGCUAGAAAGAGCGGACAGUUGAAUUUAUCCGGGCGCGGUCUCACUAAAGUUCCUCAGAGUGUGUGGAGGUUGAACUUAGACACACCUAAGGAAGCCCAGCAGAACUUGUCAUUUGGAACUGCAGAUCGCUGGUGGGAACAGACAGAUUUGACCAAACUUCUGCUGACCUCCAACAAACUUCAAAGCAUCUCCGAGGACAUCAAACUGCUCCCUGCCCUGGUUGUCUUGGAUAUCCAUGACAAUCAACUUAACUCACUACCAGAAUCUAUUGGAGAACUAGAACACCUGCAGAAACUCAUCGUCAGUCACAAUAAACUGACAGAAUUUCCUGCUGGUCUCGGGAGACUUACAAAUCUACAUUGUCUGCAUAUGCAACAGAACCAGAUGGAGCGUCUUCCACCGGAUUUAGGCCAGCUGGUUCAUUUAGAAGAUCUUGAUGUCUCCAACAAUCUAUUAACGGAUAUUCCGGAAAGUCUUUCAAACUUGACCAAUCUUAUGAAACUGAAUUUGUCCUGCAACAAAAUAAAGAGUCUCCCUCCUGUAAUCAGUGAGAUGAAAAGCCUGAAAAUGCUGGACUGCUCUCGAAAUCAGUUGGAAAGCGUACCUCCCGUCCUGGCUCAGAUGCAGUCUCUCGAGCAGCUAUACCUGAGAAACAACAAGUUACGCUUUCUGCCAAAACUGCCCUGCUGUAAAGCCCUCAAGGAACUCCAUUGUGGGAACAACCAGAUUGAGGUUUUGGAGGCGGACCAUUUGAAGCACUUAAAUGCAUUAAGUUUCUUGGAGCUCAGAGAGAACAAGGUGAAGAGCCUACCGGAAGAAAUAACUCUACUGCAAAGCCUGGAGCGCCUGGAUCUUACUAACAACGAUAUCAGCAGCUUGCCUUCUGGACUUGGCACAUUACCCAAGCUGAAGUCUUUGUCUUUGGAAGGCAAUCCACUGAGGACAAUCCGCAGAGACCUUCUGACUAAAGGCACUGGUGAACUCCUGACAUAUCUCAGAAGCCGAAUACAAGAGCCACCUAAUGGGGAUCUGAGAGAAGAGCCGAAAACAGCAAUGACUCUUCCAAGCCAGGCUAAGAUCAAUGUACAUGCCAUCAAAACUCUAAAAACACUGGACUACAGUGAGAAACAUGAGGCAUCUAUUCCCGAUGAGGUAUUUGAUGCAGUGGAUGACAGUCCUGUGGCCAACGUGAAUUUCAGCAAAAAUCAGCUAACAGCUGUUCCACACAGAAUUACAGAGUUAAAGGACUCCCUUGCAGACAUUAAUCUUGGCUUUAACAAGCUAACAACUAUCCCAGUGGACUUUUCCAAACUGCAGCAGCUAGUACACAUAGAUCUCAGGAACAAUCUGUUGAGCUCGCUGCCAAUGGAGCUGGAAGCACUAACCAAACUGCGGAGUAUUAUUUUGUCUUUUAAUAGGUUUAAGUCAUUCCCAGAUGUGUUGUACCAUACCUCAUCCCUCGAGACCAUUUUGAUCAGUAACAAUCAAGUUGGAGGCAUGGAUGGUGUUCGACUGAAGAUCCUGAACAGGCUGUCUACUCUAGAUCUUUCCAACAAUGAUAUUAUGCAGGUGCCUCCGGAACUUGGCAACUGUACCAGUCUCAGAGCUUUAAUGCUUGAUGGGAAUCCUUUCCGUAAUCCAAGAGCUGCUGUUUUAAGUAAAGGAACGGAUGCUCUGCUUGAGUAUCUCAGAGGUCGUAUUCCAAAAUAACCUUCA